AUGGCUAUCGAAGGUCAAGACUCGAGAUUAUUUGCUAAGGGUCAACGUAUCUCCUUUCUGCAGCAAAUUCAACAGGUUAUGAACACAUUUCAACAGUUUAUUCUGAGUAUGGGUGAGGAUGAAGGAUAUGAGCUUAUCUCAAACUCGGUAUUCUACAUUUCAAUUGGAACAAACGAUUAUAUACACUACUACCUUCGCAAUGUAUCUAGUAUGCAAUCUCUGUACCUCCCAUGGAGUUUCAACCAAUAUUUAGCCCAUAUUAUGAAGCUGGAGAUUAAGGUUCUAGCUGGUAGCAUCAGUGGUUGUGAUAAGCUCAUUUCAGUGGUUCGUAACUUGCAUCAUAUAUUAGGUGGUGCUCUCAAUCCUGCGAGUAACCUUAUUCUCUUAGCAGUAAUAUCUAUGUAA